AUGGCUGCAGAUGAUUCGCAAUGGAAAACGCCGCACUUUCGACAGAGCGUAGUCGCGAAAAUUGAUGAAGCAAUACAAGUGUCUGGUAUGCCUACAUCAAAGAAUAGCAUUGAAAUGGAGAAUCAUGUUUUUCAAAAAGCUAAAUCUAAGGAGGAAUACUUGGGUUUUGUUGCCAGACUGAUUCUUCAUGUCAGAGAAAUGAAUUCUAAAAAGGGUGCAACUGGUAAUGCAUCAGGUGCAGCUGGUACCAAUAAUCAAGGUAUGCCCGAUCCAAUUGGCGCUCUUCAGACGUUGGCACGUCAGGGCACGGGAAAUAAUCAAAUGAUGGGCAUGGGUGGUCCAGGUUCCAAUCAUCAGGGUAUAAUCCCACAACCACCUGCAAAUACUGCGACUAAUCUGUUGCAAAGUUUAAAUCAACGACCCGGGCAACAAAUGAAUAUGCCUGGUAUGCAGAAUAAAAUGCCGGGUAUGGGCAUGAUGCCGUCGCAAACUGGCGGUCCAAUGAAUCACAUGGGCCCAAUCCAAACAAUGCAAAACAAUCCUAUGUUGACUCAAAUGAAUCAGAUGGGACAAGGCAAUAUUCCUCCACAAAUGAAUCAAAUGGUGCCUGGGCAAAUGGGUCAAUUAGGCGCUGGACAGAUGCAACAAAAUAUGCAGUCCCAGAUGCAGAAUCAACUACCAGGUCAAAUGAAUAAUCAAAUUACGGGACCAAUAGGCAAUAUACAAACUAGUAUGCCGCAACAGAUGAAUCAAAUUGGCCCUGGACAAUUAGGUCCUGGUCAGAUGCAGCAGCAGUUAAAUCAUAUACAAAGAAAACCGGGUGAAAUGAUGAAUGCUGGAUUUCCUGGCCCACGUAACGUUACGCCGAAUCAAUUUUUGAGGCAGAGCCCGUCUCCUUCUGCUCCAAGUCCAGCUGGUUUAGGAGCACCAGCGAGUAAUCAAAUGGUAGCCUCACCUGCUCUAGUACCAUCACCAAGUCCUCAGCAUGCCAUCAUGACAGGACCAACUCGUUCCGUGAAUUCAGUAGGUAUGGCACCGUCUCCAAGUAGCUCCUUAAAUACUCCUGGAGGUGUAGGCGCAACAUCAAGUCCUCAAGAAGAUCAGGCUUACAGAGAUAAAGUCAGACAGCUAAGCAAAUACAUAGAGCCAUUACGAAGAAUGAUUGCCAAGAUGAGCAGCGAAGGAAAUGUCGAUAAACUUAGCAAGAUGAAGAAACUCUUGGAAAUUCUGUCGAAUCCCAGUAAACGUAUGCCAUUGGAUACGUUGCUGAAAUGCGAAGUUGUCCUGGAAAAGUUAGACUUUAAGAGAGGAGAUGGCAGUGUAGGGCCGCCAGUAACGACGUUGAAGGAGCAUCAAAUUUUCAGCCCGCUUUUAGAAGCUGUAAGCGCGCAUCUCCAAAGUCCGGUAAUCAAUCACACGUUACAACGCACUUUUGGACCAUGUUUGGAUGCCUUAUUUGGACCAGAAAUAAAAAAUUUGCCACCACCCUUGAAGAAGCAAAAAAUAGAGGAAUCACCUAGCGAAAUACCAGAUGUAUUACAAGGAGAAAUAGCUAGGCUGGACCAACGGUUUAAAGUCAGUUUAGAUCCAGCACAACAAAGUGGAUCAAAAUGCAUACAAUUGAUAUGCUGGCUUGACGACCGUCAUCUUCCAUGCGUUCCACCGAUCUCAGUUACGGUUCCUGCAGAUUAUCCUUCAACACCGCCUCGCUGCGUUAUGGCACCGCACGAAUACGAAGCAACGACAUUCCUGUGUGCCGUACAAAAGGCCCUUAAUGCUCGCAUCGCAAAAUUGCCGCGCCGUUUCUCUCUUUCUCAAUUGUUAGAUACAUGGGAGAUGAGUGUGCGACAAGCCAGUGCACCAAAGGAAACAUCUAUUACUGCUAGUACAGUUCUGAUGGGUUUAUAGUACAAAUCGCACAAAUAUCUGAUGACGUUUAUGCAACUAGGCUGUUACCGGCAAAAAUGCUCAUAAACUUGAUGGAAAUCUGCAACUAUGCUAUUGUAAUGAAAUAAAUAUAAACUCGUCGAAGGCUGCGUCCUAAUAUUUAUUAUCAGUUCUAAAAAUUUAUAAAAUACGUUACAUAAACUGUAGAUUAUCAGUAUUGACAGUGAGAUCAGAAUGCAUCCAAAAAUUUACAUUAUAACUUUCUUUUGUUAAUAUCAAUAAUAUUAUCUAAUUUUGAUAUUGUAAUUUCAGAAGUUUUCUGUAUUUAUUAGGUUUUUCAGAACAAACUGAAUUGUGAGAAACUUUAAAUCACCGAGGAUUUUCUUAUAACUAGUUUAUCUGUGACAAUUUUUCUUUUAUAUCUUUUUUUUUCAAUUUUAUACGAUUAUUUUGAUUAAUUGCAUAUAGCAAAGUAGCAGUUUUCUCAAAUAUAUAUUCAUGUAUAUAUACAUACAUGCAUAUGUGUAAAUAUAAAUGUAUAGUACAAACAAAAAAUAUAUAUAUACAUAUAAUCGACCGAGAUUUAAACUUUGAAUUCUUUGUUACAAUAGCUAGUACUCUUACUGCUACUCCAAGAUGCCCCACUUUUCUCCCAAUUAUUCCAUUCAUCUAUUAAUACCUAAUGGCUUUAUACGCCUAAGUAUCUUACAUACAUUUUAGAAAAUUUUGGUUCUGUGUAGAGAGAAAAGGGGGUUGGAGAAAGGCAUGAGAGCUAGGUUAAAAUUAAAUUAAUUCUAAUUAAGUUAGCGAAUUGUGUACAAUGUAUUUUGUAACUUAUAGCCUUAUGGGGAUCAAAGAGUAUCUAUCUAUAUGUUAUAGUGAAAUUAUAUAGUUCACUGAUUUCAUAUAGAUUUCUAUAAAAUCUUAGAUCAUUCUAUAAAAUUAAAGCUAUAUUAAUAAAGAUAUAAAAAAUAUAAACGCUUUUUAUAUGCUUAUCUACAUAAUUUUACAAAAAUUAAUUACUAUAUACACAUAUAUAAGCAAAUGAUAUCAAGAUAUUUAUUAUAAAAACUACAUAUAAAAAGAUAAAAGAACGGUUUAUUUUAAGAUUCUAACAAUGCAGCAGAAUAAUAGUGUAUUCGAUACGAUUCCGUGUUGGUGGUUUCUUUUAUAACAAAAUGAAAGAUAAACUGUGCAAGAAAUGCUUAAAAAAAUAAUUGACUUUAACUCGGGUCGAGUUAACAAAUCGAAUACGCUAUUAGACAUACUUAAAAUAAAUUUCUUUUAUCUCUCUAUGCAAUUUUUAUAAUAUAUUAUUUUUUUAGUCUAAUUAAUUGUGUUUUUUAUUUUUUUAUAAAAUUGGUUAGCACGAAAAGGAAAAAUAAAAAUAUUUUUUGGUAUAAUUUUGGUAAAAUUUUAAUAAUUUAGUAAAAUGGUUUUGGUAAUUCUAUUUUCAUUCUUUUCUGCCUUAAUUGUGCUAAACUAUGACGUAUUAUAUAAAUUGAAUUUUUUAAUACAAUAUAUAAAAGGAGAAAAAUAAUAUAUAAAAUGCUAGAAAGAAGGAUUUAAGUAUUUCUUGAAAAAGUAUGCAUAUUUUAAUAUAUAUUAAAUCUGAUAGAUAUGAUAGUAAAUUGAAAUUGUGUAAUCUUGAUAUAAAUUUGAUUAAAAAUGGUAUUUAAAUAAUUAUACACACACAACGCAACACAUUUGUAUAUCACAUGUGUGAUGUAUAAUUAAUAUUACAAUAUAUACAUAUAUAUAUAUAUAUAAAUUUUUUUUAUUACAAUAAUCUAUGUAAGUACUAAUCUAAUUUUUAAUGUUGAUCCAAAUGUAUGUAAAUGAUUUAGUUUAGAAGAUAUAUUAAUAUUCACAAUAUCUAUUGUUUUCUUUCUUUACGCCUGUAUCAUUUCUUUGUAUACUUGUAAAAAACUUUUAGAUUAUGAUGGUUGUAUAAGUAUGUGUAAUAUCGUAUUCGAUUUACAGACUCGACCAGAUUCCGAGUCGUUUUUUUUCUUUUUU